UCCUACUGUUUUUUUUUGUAAGGACUGCUUCUGCUCCACGGGAAGGAAAGAGGGGCCUGCCUGCCUAUCUGCCUGCCUGUCUGCGCUCCCCAUGGCUGAGAAAGGGCAGAAUGAGUUGCUAAAAGCCCGAGACAGGACCCUGAGCGUCUUCCGCGAAGAAGCAGAAAGGGACUGGAAGGGCCCUUUCUAUUUCAUUCAAGGAGCGGAUCCUCAGUUUGGGCUGAUGAAGGCGUACAGCAUCGGCGAUUGCAGCAGUGGUGGGGACGAAUGGGAAGCUGAAUUGCAGCUCACCCGGCAAGCGGUGGAAGCCAUUAACCGCCUGAACCCGAGACCAAAGUUCCUUGUGCUCUGCGGAGAUUUAAUACAUGGCAUGCCUGGGACGGAAUGGCGAGAGGCUCAAAUCCGGGAUCUAAGAAAUGUCCUGAAGGACCUUAGAAGCGACAUCCCUCUGGUUUUCGUCAGCGGCAAUCAUGAUUUGGGGAACACGCCCACGCCGGAAACUAUCAGCGGUUAUCGGCAGCAGUGGGGCGACGAUUACUUCAGCUUUUGGGUGGGCGGCGUCUUCUUUCUCGCGCUGAAUUCCCAGCUGUACUUCGACGCUUCUCAGUGCUCAGAAGUAAAGGCGGCGCAGGACGUGUGGCUGGAGCAGCAGCUGGCCGUGGCGGAGAAAAAGCAGUGCCGCCAUGCUGUCGUCUUCCAGCACAUCCCUUUCUUCGUAAACGAACCCGAAGAGGACCACAACUACUUCAAUUUGGAGAAGGCCGUUCGACACGAGCUCAUGGAAAAAUUCUGCCGAGCAGGUAUUAAAACAGUAUUUUCUGGACACCUUCACAAAAACGCUGGAGGAAAGUACAAGGAUCUCGACAUGGUCAUUUCGUCGGCCAUUGGAUGCCAGCUAGGAGAGGACACCCAUGGGGUGCGGCUUGUAGGGGUCACCGCGGAAAAGAUCGUCCACAGAUACUACAGUCUGAGCGAGCUGAGUAACCCUCAAAACGUCGAGAAAGAGUUUAUGGCGUUGAUAAAACCAAAUUAGCUUUAGGUUCUGAAAUAGCAUUUUUCUCUCUGUUUCCAUGAUUUAUUUUUUUUAAAAAAUAACAACAACAACAUAGGUCUGAUUUCCCUCAACUCAUCCUGUUAUUUACUAAGGAAACGCCUCACUUAAGAAUAAUAAAUGGCAAGUUCUGAAUA